AUGAUGACAUAUAUUGUUAGAAUUAACAACUCAUUAGAAGAGUUCAAGGACGAAAUGAAAGAGUUUCGAAUUGAAACGAACAGGCGCUUAUCUAACUUAGAAAUAUCGAACAAAAAUUUAGGUUCACGCUUUGAUAACCAAUGCAAGGGAAGAGGAGGAAAUCGUAACUCUCCGGAUGCCUAUGAUCCUAUCUCAAAUAGUGAUUAUAGAACUCUAGCAGAUGUUUGA